AUGGGCCACCAGGAGGUCAGAGAUAUGUUUGACCAGGCUCGACGGAACUUGAGCGUGCGGGACGUGGAGGAUAAGGUGUGGAAGUUCCAGCCAUACGACGACGAAUCCAGGGGCCAGAAUGUGACCCUGGAAAAAGUGAAGCUCUUCACAAGAUCGGUGAAGAUGGCACAGGACAACCCCUCAAGAGCCAGGGAGAUCUUGUCACAGAAGACUGCUAGAGCCAUAUUGGACACAAAGGAGUCAAUGUUGUGUUACUUGGGGCCACUCCUUCACCCUGGGCGGUACACAUCUUAUGGUAGACACUUCACACUGCCGAACAUCCUUGCUGCUGUCGUGCAUCGUUUAAUGGACUACCUAGCAGUCGGAGAUCAGGUGGUUGACUGCAGCUGCGGAUCAAAUGCUUUCAUUGCACAACUCAAGAGUUUGUGUGAGGGUAAAGAGAUCAACUUCAAGGCCUUUGAUUUGUUCACACCAAAGGAUACCAAUCACUGGGAACGGGCAAGCUGGUUUGAAAUUCACAAGGGCCAGUUAAAUUCAGGCGACCAUCUUGUCAUUGGACUGAACCCACCGUUUGGGAAGAAUGGCUCUCUGGCCAUCCAGUUCGUGAGUCAUGCUGCUGAAUUCCAGCCUCGUGUGAUGGUGUUGAUUGUUCCGCCCAAAACUCCGGUGCCCAAGGGCUACGUCAAGAAACAUGAGGACACCAGUCUCUGUAUUGACAGGUCCUUCUACGUUCCAGGAAUCAGGCAGUCGUCAUGGAAUGCAGUACCUCCUGCAUUCCGUAUUCUGGAGCGCAUCAGCCCUCCUAUUCCUACCGAUCUGCAGUAUCUGAGACCCCAGGAUGCCCACAUGCUCGGACCUGUGAUCUCAGAGGAGGAAUUGCCACCAAUACCAAACAGCACAGAUGGGUGUAAUGAUGGCAUUGAAGAUGAGCUGAUGCUUCAAGGAUCGUCGUUAAUCGCCCGGAUGCCCUUUGAUGAACAUGUCCCUUCCAUGACGCCUUCACACAUGGCCAAUGCAUUGCCUGGACAAUCAAUAAUCAAUUUGCAAAUGAUUGGAAUGGGACCUGCCUCUGUUGCCAACCAUGGACCAUGGAAGAGUGCUGUCAGGGGUGUGCACAGCUGGCCAGCUAUUGGCCCAGGGUGUGUCAGUGCCCCACAGGCCAUGGACUGCAAUAGUGGGGGUGCAACCUUGCCAAAGGAGACGAUGGCAGCGCAAUGCCAGCAUUGCAUGGGUGAACUACCAUAUGGCACGAAUUCAUUGGGCAAUCCCUUGUGCCACGUAGCUACUGGCAGGGCACCCAGUGGGGUCGACUUGGUGCCCACCCCUGGGAUCAUGGGCCCCCAGCUUAAUGGUGGCUUAGAGUUGGUUGUUUCAGGUGCUGCUGAUUGUUUUCAGGUGGACGGCAUGCAUAUGCAUCAUGUUGAUAGGUUGCGGCCAGGGCGCUUGUAUCAGGAUCCCGUGAUGCCUCAAAUGCAUAUCGCUGACGACCAUGAAGGGGGUGUUCAUGGCUUUCGAAGGGUGAUUGUCACAGGUGAUGUGAAGGGCAUGGAUGAUGAAAGUAUGGAUGGAGACCUUGCAGUGGUGCCUGGAAUCAGAAUGGAUGGUUUCAGGUGCCCAAAUGUGAGUGGACAUGGAAAGACAGGUGGCCACAGAGGUGCAGAAAACGGCCACUUGGGACAACACUGUGGAAAGCAGUGGCCUACCAAGAGGGGCUGA